AUCACUUCUUGGACGGACUAGCUUUAUGUAGCAGGAGUGCCAAAAUGCCACAGUAGCUUGGACCAGUUACAAUGUCACUUAGGGACUUCAAAGUUCCAAACCCUAUAAGUGCAGGCGCUAAAAGGACGGAUCGAAUUGCGAAGAGGAAAAACCCGAAUCAAGUUAGAGUGCGUGUGCGACCUCGCAUUGAACAAAGCAACACUCAACAGCAAGUAGGCCACCACCAGCUAGAAGAUGAUGAGGGAGAGCAACAUGCUAACGUGGAGAUGCAUAUGGGCGCUUCAGCAGCGGAUCCGCUGCCGCAUGUGCACAGCGAGUCCGAUGAUGAAGACACCGAGCAAGGCGACGACGCAUCAGUGGACGUUGCAGCUCAGGUCAGGGUCCGAAAGGCGUUCUUAAAGCACUACGCCUCGGGGGCAGACAGCCGCAGCCGCCUCCUCGACAGUGCCGCCGACACGCUGCGGGCGUUGGCCCAGGCCAUCCCACGCACAUGUCCUGGGUGCGGCGUGUCCGCGGUGUUCCGGGGAAAGCGAUGUUCCGUGACAAUUGUCACAUGGGAGCAGCCUGUGAUCGCGGAAAUACCUGUGGGCUGGUGCACAACGUGCAAGCAGGGCUGCAACUUGCUGCCGGUUCAGGCGGACUGCGUCUCCGACUCGAACAGCGGGUGGGACCUCGACCGCGCUCACUCUGGCAAGAACGUUCUCUGGUGGCACCAGUCCGUGCUGCAGAUGUAUGACAUCCUGUCAUUCAGGACCAGACAUCUCAGCGCAGACGCGUUUUGUGACGCUAUGAUGAACAGCUGGGAGCGCAAUGGGAUCUCCCGUCCAAGCUCUGUGUCGGCGACAACCCUGCGCCAGCGCAUGCGCGAGGCGCUGCUGCUGUAUAUGGACUGUCAGAACGUCAUCGAGGACUACCCGGAGGACACUAUAACCGACUGGCCUCGCGGCGCCCUGAACAGCUGCCCCUGCUGCGGUGACAGCGUCACAUGUGCAGCAAUGGCGGUGGACGCAGACGCCGGGCCAGCUGGCGGCGCCAUGGCAGCCGGCGUAGCGGCUGCCGCUGCAGUGGCUGGGGAAACGGUGGUGGGCGCACGCGCCGGGCCGAGCGGCAGUGGCGGCGUGGCGGGUGUGGACGUGGCAGGCGCCGGGCCAGCCGGCGGCGCCAUGGCAACCGCUACUGUGGCCAUGCUUGGUGCAGCCGCUGUCGCUUCAGCAUGGCUGCUCACCGCAUGCAGUCCUGAGGGCUCUGGUCCGGGUCCUUCUUGUCUCCACUCGGUGCACUUCGACGCAUGCUUCAAGUUGAAUUUGCUGGCGUUCAGAGGCUACGCGGCGCAGUACACGCAGCUUGCACGCCGCCGCUUUUUCCUGCCCAACACGCUCAUCCAGCAGGUACUUGCAGACGGCACGGCUUCGCAGCAGAUUGGAGCAACCCACUGCUCCAACUUCAACGCCGAUAAGGUGCUUGCAGCCGAGUCACGCAAGAACCUGAUCACGGCAGUCGGGGCUGUGCUAUGCCGGCACGGUAUGCUGCUGCGGUUGAUGAACCUGUUCGGAGGCGAACGUCAUGCCUACGCUACGACUGCGGCGUUGUCUCUCCUGAGCGCUGGAACAGCGGUGCAGUUCUGGUGGUACGACAUUGCUUGCAGGUGGGGCAAAUCCUACACCAAAUGGCUGGGACGGCAAGCUCCAGAGCUGCAGCAGCUGGGCGCAGGCCUGCGACCCCUAAUCCCGCCGUGGCAUCGGUAUGCCCACAGCCUCGCCUGCCAGAAGGCAUUUGGUCACGCCAGCGUAGGUGGUGUGGGGCAGGGCACUGGGGAGCCGGCUGAGAUCUUCAACAGCGUCAUUGGGCCGCAUGGCGGGGUCACCCAGUACAUGAGUCCGGCGAAUAGGGAGGCGCAUCUGGAGCGUGUGUGCCGCCUGUACUGCCGGGACGUUUUGGAGGACAUGCCGAUGCGGCUCUGGCGCAUGCGUGAGCGUGCGAAGGCGGUCCUGUCCAGUGCGCGGCAGCGCGUUGACGACCUGGAGGCAGCCCUUGCAAAGGAGAUGAGCUGCGAGGUCGAGGAGGUACGACAGCGCCUGCAGCAGCCCGCAAUGGAGCCCGUUGCGGGCACCGGUGCGGGCGCAGGCGCAGGCACAGCCGCAGCCGCAGCCGCAGCCGCAGCCGCGGGCACCGGCGUAGGCGCGGGCGCCGGCACGGGCGAGGGCAUGGGCGAGGGCACGGCCGCGGGCGCGGGCACGGGCGAGGGCACGGCCGCGGGCGCGGGCACGGGCGCGGGCACGGACACGGGCACAGGCGUGAGUGUGUCUGCUGCAGAGUAUGCACGCUGCAGACUUGCCAUCAUGAAGCUGCAGCGUGAGGAUGCGCUGGACGACAGCUCGGACGCAGUGCGUCUAGGGCUGCUGUUUCCAGGCGCGGAUGCUGUGCCCGUGUGGCAGCGACCAGUCCUCAUCCGCUCCAUAAAGGAGCAGGCUGCAGAGCUCGAGCACAAGCACGGGUACGAUCCAGUAGCCUGGGGCCCAGGGUCGGUGCUGAUGCAGGCAGCACUGGCGGCGCUGGCGGAGAGCGAGCUUGCGAAACUGUGUGACGAAGUAGAGGAUGCCGUGUCGGACGUCGUUGCGCUUGGCUACGUGGUCAAGAAACUGGCAGGCCGCCGCCACCAGCAGCAGCUUGCGGUGAAAGAGGAGAGGCGGGCGCGGGAGUCCGUGGCCCGGCUGUGGGGCGAUCUCGUCAGCUGGAGUAAAGUCCCCAGAGCCACGUCUGAAGAACUGCGGAGUGGCCUCUCAGCUGCGGGGGCUAUGGGCAAGGCCCUCAAGAAGCAGGCCUUUCCGUGGGUGCCACGGCACGGGCGCCUAGGGGUGCCGAAGCUGGAAGCGCGUUGGCGCCGCGCGCAGGAGGAAAUUGUGCGGUGCACGGAGGAGUUAGAGCUUAUCACCAAAGAAAGCACGUGUGCGGUCAAUUACUACACGCACCGCGCGCGCCUUUUGACCCAGGCACAGUGCGGUGUAGAGGAGCGGAGUAGCCGCGGGCGGUUGCUUGGGCUGCACUUGGCAGCAUGCAACCGCAUGCGAGGAAAAAUUGAUGUGCUGUGCACGGUGGAGGCAGUGAAUGACUGAGUAGCUAAGGUGGGGCACGGUGUAGACCAUACAGGCAACGGAAGAAAGUAAGGAUGGCGCGUGAGUGCUGUCUCUGGAACACUUCUGACGCUCGCGGCGGGAAAGCGGGCUGCAAGCAUAGGCAGCUGGCCUGCACACUAACGUACUGCCGGGCGUGUGAGUGCUGUCUCUGGGGUAUUGGUGACACUGGUGACGGGAAAGCGGGCUGCAAGCAUAGGCAGCUGGCCUGCACGCUAACGUACUGCCGGGCGUUUGAGUGCUGUCUCUGGGAUAUUGGUGACACUGGUGACGGGAAAGCGGGCUGCAAGCAUAGGCAGCUGGCCUGCACACUAAUGUACUGCCGGGCGUGUGAGUGCUGUCUCUGGGGUAUUGGUGACACUGGUGGCGGGAAAGCGGGCUGUAAGCAUAGGCAGCUGGCCUGCAGACUAACGUACUGCCGGGUAUGUGAGUGCUGUCUCUUGAAUAUUGGUGACGGGUAAGCGGGCUGCAAGCAUAGGCAGCUGGCCUGCACACUAAUGUACUGCCGGGCGUGUGAGUGCUGUCUCUGGGGUAUUGGUGACACUGGUGGCGGGAAAGCGGGCUGUAAGCAUAGGCAGCUGGCCUGCAGACUAACGUACUGCCGGGUAUGUGAGUGCUGUCUCUUGAAUAUUGGUGGCGGGUAAGCGGGCUGCAAGCAUAGGCAGCUGGCCUGCACACUAACGUACUGUCGGGCGUGUGAGUGCUGUCUCUGGGAUAUUGGUGACACUGGUGACGGGAAAGCGGGCUGUAAGCAUAGGCAGCUGGCCUGGAGACUGACGUACUGUCGGGCGUGUGGGUGAUGGGAUGUUUCUGACUCUGGCGGCGGUGGGACCCAACGCUCUUGGCGUGCUUCCUGGAAUGGUGGUACUGACAUCAAGCUGAAUCCUUUAUUGCAGCUACCGGUCAUACGUUAUACAGCGUACAGAAGUACGAUGACCUACUCAGCGCAAGCGUUCUCGUGCCGAGUGUGUAACGCGUGCCGACA